ACUGUCUGCUGUUUGUGAAACGAAUCGCUUUCCUAUUGAUGGCCAGUUUUGAUAGAGGGGCUAACUUGCCCCGCCUGCCGCCGGUUUCUUUGCGAACUGGAUAAAGCUGAGACCGCUCUUUCAGUAACCCCAGGAUAUGGAUACAAAAAAAACGAAAUUUUUCCUGAAGUCUCCAAAUCCAAAUCCAAAGAGUUAUUGUAUCAACAUAGCCUCAACAACCUGGAUAGUAAUCUAAUGUACUACUAGUAGUACUCGUUUUAGUUAAGUACUCUAACUUCUCAUAUAAUGACGCUGCACCUGCAUGAGAAGUACGUAGCCAGGACAAGAGGUAAGUGCAGUACUCAAAGAAACAUGUCUAUGUAGAUCUAGAUGGCCAUGUUGUACUCGAGGCGCCGGUCAUCUCCUAUCGAACCAAAGCAAAAACUACACUUGUUACAAGUACCACAAGAGAAAGAACAUGUUCCAGCACCAGUCGUCGUGUUCGACUGAAGAACCUAUGUCCUUGAGUAGCGGUAGAUGCACGCCGACCACCACCUGUGCCUCCGAACCCAGCAGCUACACUUCCUCCAGAUCGAGUACCACAGAAGUUGUGACGACUUUAUUUCCGCCAAGCAGGAUAAAGAGUACUAUCGGCAGUGGUUAUAGUACCAGCCCUCCCGUUUCUGCAUCUGCAUCUGCGCACUUGCUAGAAACGAAAAGCAGAGGAGGUCUUGCAAUAAGUAGUGGUUACAGGAGUGAAGAUUGUUGCAUUCCCUCUUCGCCAUCUAACAUCUACCAUUUGAAGGGGAGGACGAGCUCCGUGUCAUCCACAGCAGGACACGUAGGAAGGACUCUUUUUUCAACAACAAGUGCAAGAACUUCAGGAGGAGGAGGACCAUUAAAUAAAUUAAAUUGUUCAUCCCCUAGAGGACUACAACAACAAGGAGCGUGUAUGUCGGGUUGUCUCCACGGUAUCCUCGCGGUCUGGAACUACAUCUGCUGUCUUCAUGAUGGCAGCACAACAGGUCUGGAGAAGAAGGUUGGAGGAGGGCAGGAUGGGAAGUUCACAAAAGGAGGACAGGGGGUUUAUCCCGCUGCAUCACCGAGAGGAGAAAGCAGUGCUGCAAAUAAAGAAACUACACAUCCAGCACCUCCUGGAGGACGACCUGAAGGCACGACAGGUCGUUCUUUGGCAGUUCUAGGAGAGGAUGGCUUGCCUAUGCGGUUAGAUGGAGAGGACCGAGAUGUUGAUAGUAGCGUCGUGGAGGAGCACUCGCAGUCAAUAGAACUAGCAGGGCAUCAAAGGUCGCUGUCAAGGUCGCACUCUGGGGCGUUUUUUUCGUGUGACUCGGUUUCAGAUAGGGACACGAAAAGUGGUAUGAUGAGGGUUGACAAAUCUACUAUCCAGAAGAUGUUUCUUGAUGCAACUACUAGAAGAUCUGCUUUAGAAGACUGCAGUUCUUGUAGCCAUGUGAAAAAAUAAACUGUUCUUGAUACAACCUUUCCCUUCGUUCAUUCCCACCGGCAAAGUCGCCUAUUCCAGAAAUCUUGAGUCCUUAGCCUUCGACCGCAAGAACGCGCAAGACGAUGCUUUCCAUGCGAAGUUACUGCAAAUAGCUAAGGCGGAAGGCCUAGACGAAGUAGUUGAGGAUUCUACGUAUAUCUGGCAAUUUGUUUUUGGCUAUUCAAAAGAGAGGAAUCGAGACCUGACCACGGAGACAGCGUUCAGAGCAGCACUUGCAGAGCGGAAGAAGCUUAAGUUUGACGCGAGACCAGCUCGAACAAAAUUGACAGAAGAGCAAGCAAAAUUGGUCGGUUAUCCGGUUUUGCAUCUGGGGUAUGAGACGACCUACGGCUACCCGAUCAUGUGGCAUCAAAUCGAUUUGGAGGGACCACGGUACUUCUCAUAUAGACGAUGAUUAUUUGCCUCGUGAUUGCUUCUAUCUACGAACUGCUGGAACAAGUAUAUUACCUAGUCCAGCAGUAGCAACAAGUACAAGAGUGUCGUGCUCGUCAUGAUUCACAUUGUUCACGCCAUAGUUGUACUCACUACUUCACAGUCGCGAAGGCAACCGCAUAUUGGAGCCUCUGCUCCAAAGAGAGCUGUGCGUGGCGGAAAACAUAAGGAGGAUGAACAAGAGGAUAGGGGACAGGUCAGCGUCAUCACACUUGCAGUACAAGACGUUCGCCAUUUUCGACAUGGCGGGAAAAGUAGAAGGUGGACACUUGGGAAGAGUCGCGUCGUUUUUUGUUAUGGGUGCUUAGACCUUAUCGAAUUAGUAUUAGAAUUGGUAUCUAUUGGAAAGGAGACACGCAUGUAGGUCUAGGUCCUCGAGUAAGAUGACCAUGUUGGGGGCCUUCUUGACAUCACAACGAGGAGUGAAACGAUGCACUUUCAGUUUUAGGUUUACGAUCUCUUCUAACCUCAGCGACUUCAUCAAGCGUUACCAGCACUUUUCCCCUGACAGCGCGUACAAGAUCUAUCUCAUCAACUGUCCCUUUGUGUUUCGAGCAGUCUGGCGUGGAUUCAGCAUCUUCAUACCACAAGCGACAAAGGAGAAAAUAAAGCUGGUUGGCGCGGAUUAUGAGGGUAAGCUCAAAAAAGAAGGCGUUGUUUUGAUCUUGAAUCCGCAAACGAAGGACAAAGCAACUGACUUCGGGAAAUUGAGUACGGAAGUCGUAUGAGUGUCAGCUACAUGAGACUUUCGCCAGUCGUUAUUCUUGAAAUUUCAACUUCAUUUUUUCAACUCCGAGCACGACCGGAACGGGGUUCAGCUCCACCAGUAGGCAUAAUCGAUGCGGGACUAGCUAGUGUCCUCACUGUCGUAAAUAGGAAGUAUCAUGGUUUCUUCUUCAGCAAAAUUUUGGGACUGCAUUCUUGGAAGAAACACACAGAAACCUUAUUGUCCACAGAUGAAGAUCAUGAAGAUAGAAUCUUCUUAAAACUUGACGCUUCGUCGUGUAAUAUAAAGGACACUUCUCAACACUUCUCAUCAUCUUUUUAUGGUCACUACACCUUGGGGUUGGGGGAGUAAACCAGCAUGUUGACUUUGACACCACCUCUCAUUGGGUGAAAAAUUUUUUCGUUACAAUUCUUGAGAAUUUGCGCAACAGCGAACUGUCAUUUCGGUCUCCGUCUCCGUCUCUUGAUGGAUAACGCGCUCAAGCGGACUCCACUUUGAAGUGGACCGAAGUAGAUGGAUAACGCGCUCAAGCGGAAGGUUUGACAG